AUGUUGGGAUCUGGUUGUGUGACUUUCAAUAACCAACAGAGUUACCUGAAAGCAGUCAGCGCUGCUUUUGUGGAGAUCAAAACCACCAAGUUCACAAAGAAGGUUCAGAUUGAGCCCUACCUAGAAGAUUCUGUGUGUCAUAUCUGCAGUUCUCAGCCUGGUCCUUUCUUCUGUCGAGAUCAGGUCUGCUUCAAAUACUUCUGCCGGAGCUGCUGGCACUGGCGGCACAGCAUGGAGGGCCUGCGCCACCACAGCCCCCUGAUGCGGAACCAGAAGAACCGAGAUUCCAGCUAGAGGAGCUGGCCUUGCCCAGUGG